CUGACAAUACAGUUUUCUUGGCUCGACGACGUUGCUUCUUUUUUUCACAUUUUGUUUUUGCCGCUAUGAAACUUCUGUAAAGAAUCGUACUUAAUUUGUAAGAAAACACACAUACGGAGACUGAAAGCACCAGGCUAAACCCAUGAGUACGAGAGACGAAACAACCGAAGGCGCUGCCGGCGACAUCGAUUCAAACCAAAGGCUCUCCAAAAACGGGGCGACGGCCGGCAACCUGGACGAUCUGGUGCAAUAUGUGACCCUACACGUGCGCAUUCCAACGCCACUGAGCGGCGUGGUAUUGCCCUUUGUCCCGCUAUACCUGACCGCCCUAUACCUAUGCAUCUACGUGUACGGCGGCGGGGAUGUGGAUGUGGCUACCAGUCAAGAGUUGAUCUCGCCGGAAAACCUGACACGAACGGACUCGACCAUUGCCUGGAAUGACAUUGGCUUUAUAGCCGUUCUGGCCAUAGCAUUUCUUCACAUUCUCACAUUACUCUUCUGCUACUGGAGCGUUCACGUCUUGGCCUUUCUCACCUGCCGCAAAACGAAGCUGCCGGCCCUCAAUGUCCUCGCUAAGGUGGUGCCCACAGCGAACAAUGGCAACUCAAAGAUAGUUCCGAUCCGCACCGCCAAGCUGGAGGAUGGCUCAACGCAGUAUUUUCUGGUCUUUCAGAAGACAAAAUAUGUGUGGAACGAGGAUAGGAAAACGUUCCGAGCCGUUGAAUUCCCCGUGAACGGACUGCUCAGAAACUAUGCCGCCUCCCGAGGACUGGAGUUGGAGGAUUCCGUGAAGCGAGCCACUUCCACGUAUGGCAAUAACGAGAUGGAUAUGGUGGUGCCAGAGUUUCAUGAACUCUUUCUCGAGCGCGCCACGGCCCCGUUCUUUGUGUUCCAAGUGUUCUCCGUGGGACUGUGGUGCAUGGACGACUACUGGUACUACUCCCUGUUCACGCUCUUCAUGCUGAUUGCCUUCGAGUGCACUAUUGUGAAGCAGCAGCUGCGGAACAUGUCCGAGAUUCGUAAAAUGGGCAACAAACCGUACCUGAUCUAUGCCUUCCGUCAGAACAAAUGGCGCCACAUUGGCUCGGACGAGCUGCUGCCUGGAGAUCUGGUGUCCGUGACCCGCUCCCAGAACGAUAAUAUUGUGCCCUGUGACCUGGUUAUCCUGCGCGGCACCUGCAUUGUGGAUGAAUCCAUGCUGACGGGCGAAUCGGUGCCGCUGAUGAAGGAAUCGUUGGAGUCGCUGGAUAACCUGGACACCGAACUGGAUGUGGACGGUGAUGGCAAGCUGUUUGUGCUCUUUGGUGGCACCAAAGUGGUCCAGCAUACGGCACCCACGAAGGAAUCGCUGCGUGCACCGGAUGGUGGCUGCAUUGGCUAUGUGAUCCGCACGGGAUUCAACACAUCGCAGGGCAAACUCUUGCGCACGAUUCUGUUCGGUGCCAAUCGGGCGACGGAGAACAACAAGGAGACCUUUGCGUUCAUUGCCUUCCUCAUGGUAUUCGCGGUGGCCGCCGCCUCCUAUGUGUGGGUCAAGGGCAGCGAGGAUCCGGAGCGAAAUCGCUACAAGCUCUUCCUGGAGUGCACACUAAUUCUGACGGCCAUCAUACCGCCCGAUCUGCCCAUUGAGCUCACCCUGGCCGUCAAUACGUCGCUGAUUCAGUUGACCAAAUUGUUUGUGUUCUGUACGGAACCCUUCCGCAUUCCGUUUGCGGGCAAGGUUCAGAUCUGCUGCUUCGACAAGACGGGUACGCUGACCACGGACAACCUCAUGGUGGAGGGCAUUGCGGGGCUGACACCGAAUGGCAGUUGUGUGCCCAUUGAGCAGGCAGAGCCGAACACUGUACAGGUGCUGGCCUGCUGCCACUCGCUGGCCUUGCUGGACGAUGGACUGGUGGGCGAUCCGCUCGAGAAGGCCACCUUGGCAGCCGUUGAUUGGAACCUCACAAAGAUGGACAGUGUCAUACCGAAGCGGGCGCAGCUAAAGCCUUUGAAGAUCAUCCAACGCUAUCACUUCUCGUCGUCCCUGAAGCGCAUGUCCGUCCUCGCUGGCUACCUGAUGCCCUACUCCAACGAAGUGAGGCAUAUUGGCGCCGUCAAGGGAGCGCCCGAAAUCAUUCAGAAAAUGUUGCGUGAAGUGCCAUCGGACUAUGAGAAGACUUAUCUCGAGUAUGCUCGUCGUGGAGCCCGCGUCCUGGCACUAGGAAUCAAGGAGUUCGGCAGCCUGGGAGCUCAGAGAAUACGCGAACUGAAGCGCGAUGAAGUGGAAUGCGAUCUCACCUUUGCCGGCUUUGUGAUCAUCUCGUGCCCCAUGAAACCCGACUCCAAGUCUGUGAUCAAAGAACUCAUUCAAUCCUCGCACAAGGUGGUAAUGAUUACGGGCGACAGCCCCCUGACUGCCUGCCAUGUGGCCAAGGAGCUGCGAUUCACACGCAAGAAGCUUCUCAUUCUGACGCCGCCCGAGCCAGCAAAGCAAAGAGACACCUGGAACUGGAUAUCCGUCGAUGGGGAGCAGUCGUAUAUGCUGGACGAGCGCAGCCGCAGCAAGAGUAUCUCUCUCAUGCUGGCCACACACGAUCUGUGCAUCACCGGCGAGGGACUGCUGCAUCUGCAGCAUAACCAGCCCCAGUACAUGCGUCAGCUGCUGCCCCAGGUGACGGUAUGUGCCCGCUUUGCGCCCAAGCAGAAGGAGUUUGUGAUCACCACGCUGAAACAGUUGGGCUUCUGCACGCUCAUGUGUGGCGACGGCACCAACGAUGUGGGCGCCUUGAAGCACGCCAAUGUGGGCGUCUCACUGCUCACCAGUGCGCCAGCAAAGCGCAAGCGCACCGAGGAGGAACAGCAGCUGGCCAAUGCAGCAGCGGCUGCAGCCACGGCCGCCGCCGCCGCCGCUGCCAACAAUGUCAACCAACAGUUGAGUCCUCGAGAGCGUGCCCUGCGCCGGCGGCAGGAGCAUCUCAAUAAUACGCAGGCUCGCCUGCAGAACGCUCUUCGCGACAUGGAAGAGCAGUCGAUGGUUAAGCUGGGAGAUGCCUCCAUUGCAGCGCCGUUUACCAGCAAAUCGUCAUCGAUCAUGUGCGUCAAUCACAUAAUCAAGCAGGGACGCUGCACUCUGGUCACCACACUGCAGAUGUUCAAGAUUCUCGCAUUGAAUGCCCUCAUUCAGGCCUACUGCCAAUCCGUGCUGUACAUUGAUGGCAUCAAAUUCAGCGACACUCAGGCCACCAUGCAGGGCAUCUUUAUAGCGGCCUGUUUUCUGUUCAUCACUCGAUCCAAGCCACUGAAAACUCUGUCCAAGGUGGCACCACUGCCAAACAUCUUUAAUUUCUACACGAUUUCCACGAUCCUCUCGCAAUUUGCUGUGCAUUUCGGCACGCUCUAUUAUUUGACUAGUGAAGCCACCAAAUUGGCACCACCAAGAGUGGGCAAGGUGAAGCUGUAUAUUGAUAUGGAUGCCGAGGAGAAGACCAAAUACGAUCCAAACAUUGUGAGCAGCACGGUCUACAUUAUUUGCAUAUCACUGCAGGUGGCCACCAUUGCAGUCAACUAUAAGGGACAUCCAUUCAUGGAGAGUCUGCGCUCUAAUCGCAUGCUGGUGUAUGCCAUUGGCGCCUCAGCCGCAUUGGUGCUGCUUUUGUCCACGGGCCUGGUGCCCGAUCUGACGGAAUUUUUCGAAAUUAUUGAUUUCCCCACAGAUUUCCGUCGCGUAUUGCUCGCUGUCCUGAUGAUUGACAUCAUUGGUGCCUUUCUGUUGGAUCGCAUUUGCUCAUUCCUGUUCGGGGAGACGCGUCGCAAGUCCAAAGUGUUGAACUGUUAGGACCAUUUAGAUUUUAAGUACUAGACAAAAGGGGGCAGGCAAAAACCUCACAAAAAUCUUACGUUCCACAAAUCAAUAAAUAAUUUUUCGUUUCAUUAUAAUACUACCCUUAAGGCAAGGCGUCGGUUUCCCAAACUCUAAAAAAAAAAAAUCAUUUCAAUUGUAUUAGCGGCCAUGUCUUGGUGCAUUUUUAUUCUUGAGAAAAGAAACUUCUAAUUUUA